AUGACACGAGUAUUCCUCGUCUGGAGUGGUCUCACCGUCGUGGCGUACCUUGGCUUUCUCAUCACGGUCGGCUCGUCCGAGCUCCUUGUAUUCAUAUCGAGCUACUCAAUGCUCUCGUGUGCAGCUGUCGGCCUCGUCAGUAUUCUUGGUGCUCUGAUGUAUUGCCGCUACAAGUCCCUCAACUUGGCUCGCUCGGCCCUCCCGCCCGCCCUCGUCUUCGUCAACGCCGGACUUUUCGCUGCGAUCGCCGCCGUCGCAUUUUAUGCUCUCAUAAGCGACACCACCAAAUACGAGGACACACGCAGCACCUGGUUUGACUUGAGUCUCGACACUCGCAUGCCAAACUACGAUGACAGCCUCAUCACGCCGUGGAGGUACUACUUGGCCGUGCCCGACAGACCGACGCAACGCGUCUUCGAAGAAGCCUACUGCGAGGCCAAGGGUGUCGCGUACUGCUCCAAGCUCCCGAUGCGUGAGACGCUUUUUCGAGCCUACCUGCUCGAGGGCGUCGAGAACACACGCCGGAACCGAACCGCCUUUGACUCGGGUCUCUACUAUGGCGUUAUCGUCACCAACGCAACGACGCUGACGACGUUCUGCAACGCGCCGGGUCGCCUUCCCGAGACCAACAUUGACGUGGCGUGCGACGGUUGCCGUGAGAUUGUGUCGGCUUCAUUGCCACCGUCGCGGCUGCGCGACUGGAUCAACGACAAGUGCCCCGAGACCGUGGCCGAGACAGCGACGACGUUCUGCCUCUUUUACGCGAGCAAGCUCGUGAUGCCGUAUCUCCUCACAUACGAAGAGGCGCGCAUCGCUCGGUACAACCAGCUCCGAGAGUACAGAGCCCUGUGGGGCUCUGAAGGCGUCUGCUUCUACGACAGACUUCAAGGCGUGCUUCAAAGUACGCGAAAAACUGUCGGCGACGGCGUAGGGUUGACGGCAUCCCUUCUGUCGGGCUUCUCGAUCUUACUCGCGUCCUACUUGACGUACUGGUACUGCCGCUCCAAACACGGCCCCGAGGACGAGGAGGACGAACUCAUGUACUACGCCAUGACCCGCCAGCCGUGGCAAGGAGGGGCCUAAUUACCAAGUCUAAAAUAUUGACCCAUCGCA